AUGGCCCGUCGUCCAGACUUUCUCCGUCCUCUCGUUCUCUCAGGGCCGUCGGGCGUAGGCAAGAGCACCCUGCUCAAGAGGCUCUUUGCAGAGUUUCCUGAUUCUUUUGGCUUCAGCGUCUCCCACACCACUCGGGAGCCACGUCUAGGCGAGGUUAAUGGCAAGGAUUAUCACUUUACCACCAUACAAUCGUUCAGGGAGCUCAUUCAGCAGGGCGCCUUCAUCGAGCAUGCCGAGUUUUCCGGCAAUUUCUACGGCACCAGCUUCGAGACCGUCCGCCAAGUUCAGCAAGGUGGUCGGCGGUGCAUACUUGACAUUGAAGCGCAGGGCGUCCGUCAAAUAAAAAAGACCGAUCUUAAUCCCGUUUAUCUCUUCAUCUCCCCACCCUCCAUGGCCGAUCUGCGUGCUCGACUGCAAGGCCGCGGCACAGAGACUGAGAGCUCUGUUCAAAAGCGUCUGGCAACAGCUCUCAAAGAAAUUCAGUACGCCAAAGAAGACAACGCCCACGACCUUGUCAUUGUCAACGACGACCUGGAUCGUGCGUAUGACCUGUUCAAAAAGGUGGCUCUAGGAGAGGAGAUUGUUAGCGAUACCCUUCCUCCUCUGGAUGACUGA